UGACCGCUACAACUACAGAGUGGAGCUCGGUAAACACAGCCUGAAGACCAGCGAGGAGGGCUCGAUAGCGAGGAGGGCAGCCACAAUUAUCAGUCACGACGACUACAACACCAUGCUCAGCCGUAACGACAUCGCCCUUAUCAAGCUGUCUUCCCCCGUCACAUUCUCUGACACCGUCAUGCCCGCCUGCCUCCCGGCCCGGGGCGUGGUCCUGCCCCAUGGCGCCCCCUGUUACGUCAGCGGCUGGGGUCGACUCUCCACCAGUGGCCCUAGGGCUGACCUCCUGCAGCAGGCUCUGCUCCCUGUGGUCGGACAGGAGACCUGCUCACUGCCCGAUUGGUGGAGCGUCCUGGCAACGGACAAGAUGGUCUGUGCCGGGGGGGAUGGUAUCACCGCUGGCUGUAAUGGGGACUCUGGUGGGCCCCUGAACUGUCAGAACCCCGAUGGUUCCUGGGUCGUCCACGGCGCCGUGAGCUUUGGCUCCGGUCAGGGCUGCAACGUUCUCCAGAAGCCGACAGUCUUCACUAAAGCCAGCUCCUACAUCGACUGGAUCAACACAGCUAUGACCAACAACUGA